CAAACCCCUUCACCGUGUCUCGGUACCCCCGCCCCGGGAGCUCGGCGUCCGGGACCGCUGCUGUGCUUCCCGCCGAAACCGCUCAGACGCGCCCCUGGCGGCCUGUGGCGGCGGCUGCGAGCUUGAGACCGCAGUUUCAACCCUCGUGCGAAGCGUUUGCCCACAGCCAGUUGAGUUUCAAUUUCAGGUUAAUAACAAAAGGACAUGCACCUGGACUUUCCCCGGAGCCCUCUGCGUGUUUAAGCGUCGGGUGGAGUUGGGGGGUCCUUUGGCUGUAAACCGCGCUUGCUUGAUGAAAAUAGGAAUCAGUCUUGCUCCUCUCGGCGCCACAAAAAGCAUCCAAGCUUGUUUGACAUCUGUCCUGUCAAGUGUCCAUGAUGCUGGGCCCUGAGGGAGGUGAAGGCUUUGUGGUCAAGCUCCGUGGCCUACCCUGGUCCUGCUCUAUUGAGGAUGUGCAGAAUUUCCUCUCCGACUGCACAAUUCAUGAUGGGGCCGCAGGUGUUCAUUUCAUCUACACUAGAGAAGGCAGGCAGAGUGGUGAGGCUUUUGUUGAACUUGAAUCAGAAGAUGAUGUAAAAAUGGCCCUUAAAAAAGACAGGGAAAGCAUGGGACACCGUUACAUUGAGGUGUUCAAGUCUCACAGAACCGAGAUGGAUUGGGUGUUGAAGCACAGCGGUCCAAACAGCGCUGACAGCGCGAAUGAUGGCUUCGUGCGGCUUCGAGGACUCCCAUUUGGAUGCACCAAGGAAGAAAUCGUUCAGUUCUUCUCAGGGUUGGAAAUUGUGCCAAACGGGAUCACACUGCCUGUGGACCCCGAGGGCAAGAUAACAGGGGAAGCCUUUGUUCAGUUUGCCUCACAGGAGUUAGCUGAGAAGGCUCUAGGGAAGCACAAGGAGAGAAUAGGGCACAGGUAUAUUGAAGUGUUCAAGAGCAGUCAGGAAGAGGUUAGGUCAUACUCAGAUCCCCCUCUGAAGUUCAUGUCUGUACAGCGGCCAGGGCCCUAUGACCGCCCAGGUACAGCUAGGAGAUAUAUUGGUAUUGUCAAGCAAGCGGGCCUGGAGAGGAUGAGGUCCGGUGCUUACAGUACAGGCUAUGGGGGCUAUGAGGAGUACAGCGGCCUCAGCGAUGGUUACGGCUUCACCACCGACCUGUUUGGAAGAGACCUCAGUUACUGUCUCUCGGGGAUGUAUGACCACAGAUACGGAGACGGCGAAUUCACUGUCCAGAGCACCACUGGACACUGUGUCCACAUGAGGGGGCUGCCGUACAAAGCCACAGAGAACGACAUUUACAACUUCUUCUCUCCACUCAACCCCGUGAGAGUCCAUAUUGAGAUCGGCCCUGAUGGAAGAGUGACGGGCGAAGCCGAUGUUGAGUUUGCCACUCAUGAAGAAGCCGUGGCAGCUAUGUCCAAAGACAGGGCCAACAUGCAACACAGAUACAUAGAACUUUUCUUGAAUUCCACAACAGGGGCCAGCAAUGGGGCAUAUAGCAGCCAGAUGAUGCAAGGCAUGGGGGUGUCAGCCCAGUCUACUUACAGUGGCCUCGAGAGCCAAUCAGUGAGUGGCUGUUAUGGGGCUAGCUACAGUGGCCAGAACAGCAUGGGUGGAUAUGACUAGUUUUGUAGGAGCAUUUGAGUUAUUUCAAUCAAAUUUUCACAGGCAGCCAACAAGCAGUGAAAAGCAGUUAUUACUGUAGAGGAAGCUGUGGGACCCAUUAUGCACCAUGAGUUUGUGAAAUCUGGAUUAAAAAAAUUACCUCUUCAGUGUUUUCUCAUGCAAACUUUCUUCUAGCAUGUGAUAUUGAGUAAACUAAAACUAUUUUCAGCUUUUCUCAAUUAACAUUUUGGUAGUGUACUUCAGAGUGAUGUUAUCCAAGUUAAAGUAGUUUUAAGUACAUUAAAUGUGGAUCUUUUACACCGCAUCACCGUGAACACAUUGGGGAGACAUGCUUUUUUGGAAAACUCAAGGUGCUAGAUCCCUAAUUCAAAGAGGAACAUUUCUCAUGUUUGUUCAUUCUAGUUUAUUUUCAUUUAAAAUCUUUUAGGUUAAGUUUAAGCUUUUUAAAAAGUUAGUUUUGAAAAUUGAGACACAUUACUAAUACUGUAGGAAUUGGUGAGGCCUUGACUUAAGACUUUCUUUGUACUGUGAUUUCCUUUUGGGUGUAUUUUGCUAAGUGAAACUUGUUAAAAUUUUUGUUAACUAAAUUUUUUUCUUAAAAUAAAGACUUUUUCACAAUGA